GAGUGGUGUGCCGCCCUGUAAUUAUCCAGUUGAAAGUUCUUACGCUACGUUGUCAACACCGGAAAUGCAAUACGUGGAUCCGCCCGCGCAACAGAUGAUGAAUGUAAUGAGUGGUUACGGCUGUGGCUACGGACGCAGUGAUGCGCUGUCGCCAGCGUCCGACUUGUCAUCCUGCAGCAGCGCCUCCUCGGGUGCUUGGUGCGGCACCACAUGGCGGGAGAUCCCACGUUACCCACAAUACACACCGUAUUGGCCCCCGACCGCCGCCAACACCACGGAAGACGCCCGCGAGCUACAGCGACGUUGUGCAAAGUGUCGUUGUCCUAACUGCCUAACUGAAGCAGCAGGUUUUGGGCCUAACUACGGAAAAGACGGUGCGAAACGUGAACACGUCUGUCACGUCCCCGGAUGCGGAAAAGUUUACGGAAAAACGUCACAUUUAAAGGCCCAUCUCCGCUGGCACACCGGCGAGCGCCCCUUUGUAUGUAAUUGGCUAUUUUGUGGAAAACGAUUCACCCGCUCUGACGAAUUACAGCGACACCUUCGCACUCAUACCGGUGAAAAGCGAUUUGCGUGUCAACAGUGCACGAAACGCUUUAUGCGCUCCGAUCAUCUCGCGAAACAUGUGAAAACUCACGCCAACGUGACGAGGAAGGCGAAAAAAUCUAAAGAAGAUGAAAAAGCCGAAUCUCCAAAAUCUUGUGAUGAAAAAAUUGAGCAAAAGCAGCCUCCAAACGAAGUGGAUACUCCGUCUUCUGUUUCUAUCGGAAGUUCUAAUUAUGGGACCGUGCCAGCAGCGAGCGCAGCGCCUAAGCAGAUGCUCAAUUAUGCUACAGUUGCACCUCCAGUGAUGCACGGUGCUCCAGUUAGCUAUAACAGUAGUGCAGUGUUUGGAAAUGGCAGCGUUAUGUAUGGAAGCGGAUGGAGCCCUGAGAUGCGUCAGGAAUCUUUCUACGCUCAUCCACCUGCGAGAGACCCAAGAUUUUAUCAACAAUACACCUCACCGCUCACGGCAUAUCAGUGUGGCUCUAAGGAUAACUACACGAUGUUCCAAGGACAUUAUAACUUACAACCACCGGUCGCUAUCGGGCAAUAGAUCAAAAAAUUGUGUGUGCAUGUGCCUUAAAGUCUAACA